AUGCGCCUGCAACGGAACGGCAAGAUGUUUCCGAGACCGCGUACAAACAUGUAUUUAAUACUGUUCUCAAUUUUGGGGGUUCAGUUGGCCUUAUCUCAGCAAACUAACCCAAAUGAUUUGGAAGUGGUGCUUAACAUCGAAGACAGCAAUAAAACUCAAUACCAUGAACAAAAUUUCGAUACCAUGGCCUAUAUAUUCGGCUACGAAGUAGGUCCAAAUGGUCAAUUCCAUCACGAAAAUAAAGGUCCGGAUGGAUUCACAUAUGGUUGCUACGGAUAUGUAGAUCCAGAAGGAAAAUUACAAGCUACUCAUUAUAUAUCCGAUGGCUGGGGAUACAGAGUUGUCACACCAGGUGAAUCUGUAGAAAUAUUCCAUCAUAAACAUGACCCCUCAGAUGAAAAUCAAGCUAAUGAAAGUUCUGAUGGUGGUUCUGAACACGAACAUCAUGGACACCAUGGAGUGGUAACAGCAUGGGGUGAUCUUUAUUUCCCGAAGGGAUGUGGAGGAGGACGUCCAAUUCAAGGUACUGGUCAAUUAGGUGGGUCAGGUUCAUCAGGAUACCCAAGCUUUGUUGGAGUUGGUCAACCAGGACCAGCAGGCACACCUGGUCAACCAGGUACUCCAGGAUUACCGGGAAGUCCAUCUUCAGUUUAUCCAAGUUAUCCAGGUUCUCCAGGUUCUCCCGGUUCUCCAGGUUCCCCCGGUGCUCCAGGUAGCCCAGGACUACCCAGUUUACCAUCUUAUCAAAAACCAACAGUUUAUCCAACAUCCACUUAUCCUGGGAGCUCAGGUUCCCCAGGCUCUCCAGGCUCUCCAGGCUCUCCAGGCUCCCCAGGUUCACCCGGAACUCCAGGCUCACCAGGUAAGCCAGGAUCUCCAGGAUUUCCAUCAUAUCAACAACCAUCACCUUACCCCACUUCAACUUAUCCAAGUGCACCCGGCUCCUCGGGUUUACCAGGAACUCCAGGAACUCCAGGAACACCAGGAGCUCCAGGUAUUCCAGGAUCACCAGGAUCGCCUUCAUAUAACAAACCAUCUUCAUACCCAGGUGGUCCAGGAACACCAGGGUUACCAGGCUCACCAGGAUUACCAGGAACACCAGGCCUAUCCGGUUCCUACCAAAAACCAACACCGUACCCAGGAACAUUAUACCCAAGUGGACCAGGAGUACCAGGAACACCAGGCACUCCAGGAAACCCAGGAACACCAGGACAACCAGGAACCCCAGGAUUACCAGGUUCUUCACCAUACCCAAUACCUUCAUACCCUGUAGCUCCAGGUACACCAGGGUCUCCAGGAGCUCCAGGAAUUCCAGGAUCACCAGGAUCACCUUCAUAUAACAGACCAUCUUCAUACCCAGGUGGUCCUAGAACACCAGGGUCACCAGGGUCACCAGGGUCACCAGGAUUACCAGGAACACCAGGUUCACCUUCAUAUAACAGACCAUCUUUAUACCCAAGUGGUCCAGGAACACCAGGGUUACCAGGCUCACCAGGAUUACCAGGAACACCAGGUUCACCUUCAUAUAACAGACCAUCUUCAUACCCAAGUGGUCCAGGAACACCAGGAUUACCAGGCUCACCAGGAUUACCAGGAACACCAGGCCUAUCCGGUUCUUACCAAAAACCAACACCGUACCCAGGAACAUUAUACCCAAGUGGACCAGGAUCGUCAGGUUCACCGGGAACACCAGGCACUCCAGGAAGUCCAGGAACACCAGGCCAACCGGGAACCCCAGGAUUACCAGGGUCUUCACCAUACCCAAUACCUUCAUACCCUGUAGCUCCAGGUACACCAGGGUCUCCAGGUUCUCCAGGCUCCCCUGGGCUACCAGGAAAACCAGGAUCUUACGUUCCUCAAUCUUCAUACCCACAAACAGCUUAUCCAGGUACCCCAGGUCAACCAGGUCAACCAGGAACUCCAGGAUUACCAGGUAAACCAGGAGCAUCAGUUAUACCAAGUGUACUGUCAUAUGAAAAACCACAACCAACUUAUCAAAAACCAAAUGGAGGAUACCCCGGAAGUCCAGGUUCUCCAGGUUCUCCCGGUGCUCCAGGUAGCCCAGGACUACCCAGUUUACCAUCUUAUCAAAAACCAACAGUUUAUCCAACAUCCACUUAUCCUGGGAGCUCAGGUUCCCCAGGCUCUCCAGGCUCCCCAGGUUCACCCGGAACUCCAGGCUCACCAGGUAAGCCAGGAUCACCAGGAUUUCCAUCAUAUCAACAACCAUCACCUUACCCCACUUCAACUUAUCCAAGUGCACCAGGGUCCUCGGGUUUACCAGGAACUCCAGGAACUCCAGGAACUCCAGGAGCUCCAGGAAUCCCUGGUUCACCAGGAUCACCUUCAUAUAACAGACCAUCUUCAUACCCAAGUGGUCCAGGAACACCAGGGUUACCAGGCUCACCAGGAUUACCAGGAACACCAGGUUCACCUUCAUAUAACAGACCAUCUUCAUACCCAAGUGGUCCAGGAACACCAGGAUUACCAGGCUCCCCAGGAUUACCAGGAACACCAGGACUAUCCGGUUCUUACCAAAAACCAACACCGUACCCAGAAACAUUAUAUCCAAGUGGUCCAGGAUCGUCAGGUUCACCGGGAACACCAGGCACUCCAGGAACACCAGGCCAACCAGGAGCCCCAGGAUUACCAGGUUCUUCACCAUACCUAAAACCUUCAUACCCUGUAGCUCCAGGUACACCAGGGUCUCCAGGUUCUCCAGGUUCUCCUGGUCUGCCAGGAAAACCAGGAUCUUACGUUCCCCAAUCUUCAUACCCACAAACAGCUUAUCCAGGUACCCCAGGUCAACCAGGUCAACCAGGAACUCCAGGAUUACCAGGAAAACCAGGAUCUUACGUUCCUCAAUCUUCAUACCCACAAACAGCUUAUCCAGGUACCCCAGGUCAACCAGGUCAACCAGGAACUCCAGGAUUACCAGGUAAACCAGGAGCAUCAGUUAUACCAAGUGUACCGUCAUAUGAAAAACCACAACCAACUUACCAAAACCCAACUGCAGGAUACCCUGGAAGUCCAGGGCAACCAGGUACUCCAGGUUUACCAGGAACACCAGGAUUACCAGGCACAAUUUCAUAUCCAAAACCCACACCACCAUCCGCAUAUCCCGUAGGACCAGGUCAAUCAGGAUACCCUGGAUCUCCAGGACUUCCAGGUCAACCAGGAACACCAGGCCUACCUGGGUCUGGAUACCAACCUUCAUAUCAAAAGCCAUCCUCCGUUAAUCAAUAUGGAAAUCCAUCUCUGUAUCCAGUAUCUUCUUAUCCCGGAAGUCAAGGAUUACCCGGAACACCAGGAUUACCAGGUCAACCCGGUACACCUGGAACACCAGGCUCAGCUUAUCCAGGUUCUACAUUGAAUCAAACACCUAAUUAUCAAUCUGUUAAACCAAGUUCUUCAUAUCCAGGAAGUCCAGGUCAACCAGGCACUCCAGGAUUACCAGGUCAACCAGGCACCCCAGGUAUACCAAGCCAGCCAUCUUAUCAAAAACCAAAUCCACCAACAUACCCAGUUAAGCCAACAUAUCCUUCUCAACCAUCAUAUUCUGGUUAUCCCGGAAGCUCAGGUCAACCAGGAAAACCAGGUACUCCUGGUACUCCAGGUACACCAGGACUUCCCGCGGGCCCAUCCUACCAAAAACCUACACCUCCUGCUGGAUAUCCAGGUUCUCCUGGUACACCAGGUCAACCAGGAACCCCUGGCCUCCCAGGUAUUCCAGCUCAAUCGUUUGGUCAAAAUCCUCAAGCUUCAGUUGACUAUGGAAAACCUAAUCCAUCAGGAUAUCCCGGUUCUGCAGGUCAACCAGGUCUUCCCGGUCAACCAGGCACUCCAGGAACCCCAGGAACUCCAGGUUCUUAUCCCACUUCACCAAAACCCAGCCCAUCUCCCAUAAAUCCAGGCAGUGGAAGUGCAUCAGGUUAUCCAUCAUCCAUCGGUCAAACUCAAACAGGUUAUCCAAACAAACCUAUUCCUCAACCAACAUACCCUGGACAAAGUUAUGUUUACCCUACAAGCUAUCCUCAAAGGCCGAAUGUUCCUGACUACGGAGCACAGCAAACAAAUGAAUAUCCUGGAUAUUUCAGUUCAGGUUACCCAGUACCCCCUCCACCCAACGCACCACUUCCUAAUUAUCCACCACCAAGUUCACCAUCUGGUUACUCCAGUUACUUUGAAUUGUACCCGGGUCAAAAUCAAAUAUACCCCGGUCAACCAGAUUUUAAUGCAUACCCAGCUGGUGACCAAUAUCCUUUCAACGGAAACGCUUAUGGUAAUCCUAAACAACAAUUUACUUCCCCAGCAACAGAAAACAAAGGUAAAACACCUCAAAUAACCACACCUGUUUCUACUCCAACAUAUGGUUAUAAGAGUGAGUCUAGUCAAACUUCUGUGGAAUACCCAGAAAAACCUAGUUUGAUAGAUGUACGCAUUAAUGUGCCAAAUGAACCUGAAUCUAACUAUGGCCAAAAAUCAGUAAUUUUAGGUAAAAAUGAAUUAUUAGGACCAUCGUCAGGAUCAUCUGGACAUUCCAGCUCACUUACUCCACAAUACGUGAACAGUCCUACAAAGGCACCCAAAUUACCAUAUCAAUUUGGUCAAGAAUCAAAUCAAGUAGUCUUAUCAUCAAGCAAACCAGAAACCAGCACUCCAUUCUAUAGUGUAUCCACUAAAACAGCAUCGACACCUGAAAAUACUAAUUUAGUGGAAUCAACUAGUACCAUAUCCUACGAAGACCAAUUUAGUACUCUUUCACCGGAUUCUUCGACGCCUGUCAAUAUAAUUCCUUAUCCACUGCCAAUUGUGCCAAACCCAGGAUCUUGUCCAUGUUAUUUUGUUCCACCAACAAGUAACAAUUCUACCAAUCAAAUACAACAACAACAAACAACAUUUGACUUGAAUAAUCUCCCGGAGGGUGCUGUUAUUGGAUUCGUGCCGGUAGUAUUUUAUCCAUCAUGUGGAGCAGGAAGUGCAGCAUCAAAAGAAGUGCUAUCAUCUAAGUUAAAUCCUGUUUUCCCGUCGGCUUAUCAAGUACCAUAUAAAUGUUCAUAUUGCGAACAAAGUGAAUCACAAACCGCGAAUAUCAGAAGCAGUUUUAAUCAAGUAGUAAAACAAAGUCAAUUAAAUCCAUCCGUUGUAAUUAAAAGUCCAAGUAGAAAGAAUUACCCAAAUGCCCCAAUUUAUGACCAACAAGAAUUUGGAAGAAAGAUAAAAGUUGUAAGAAGGAAAACUAUAGAUUAA